AUGCUUGAUAAUAUGUUCAUUAAUCUGUCAUUGGAAAAGAUUGGACAGUUCCGUCAUGUCAGCAAAGCUUGGGAGGAAAUGACGAAAAGACAGGAAUUUGUUCUUAAAAAACGUGAGAUGAGCUACCCUGCAAGUGAAAACAACAUCCUUAUUUUCACUCAAACAAGCCAAGAAGAUCACCUGUUGCAAGACAAACUAAUCGCCACCAACAUAAAAGUGCAAAUGGAUAACCCAUGCAACCACAUACGAUUUCAAGAAGAGAUGUCGAUGGGUGACGACGGCAUCCAUAAAAUCAUGCCUAUCACCACAGAUUUGAUCUGUCUGCAAACCAGCUCUCAAAUCAAAUUCUUGAACCCAAAGACAACACAACUUGCAACAAUUAAAUGGCCAUAUGAUGUCCCUCUCAGCAAUUGUGAAACAGCAUUUGGGUACGUAUCAUCCUCAAAAACUUACGUUUUCAUGGCCCUAAUUGCCGAUGGAAAAAACAUGCAAGGCUGCAUUUUUUCUUUUCUAAGUUGUUCAAGUAUUCAUAGAGGGGAAUGGAAAACACUUUGCAAUGUAUGUCCUCGCCUUGUAUCUGAUGGAACCUGGUUUGAUAGAUUCGUGUACUGGCGUGUAGACAAACUAUCCUCUGAAAUAGCAACACCUCAAGAGUUGUCGGUUGUGUUUGACUACCACACUCAACAAUUCCAACCCAUAUACUGCCCUCCAUCUCCAACCUUCUUUAACCACACUUAUCCUUCUCAUAUGAAUCUCCAAGUGAAAAUAUUGGACUUCCAGGGGACUAUGUGUGGAAUAGAUGAGUACGAGAUUACUCAGAAUCAUCACUGUGAGAUAUGGGCAUAG